GAAAAUCCCUAUCCCAAUGCUUAUAACGAGGAUAAAGAUAAGGGUCUUUAUGGUGAAAAUCCAUAUCCUGAUCCAUAUAGUGAACAUGAAAGCAAGGAUCUUUAUAGCGGAAUUUCAUAUUCUGGCGGAAAUGAAACUUAUGGGAAUCCUGAAAAUAAAAGUAAAGACCCCUAUACAGAUUCUUAUAAUAAGAAUCGUCCUUAUGGUGGGAAUCCUUUCCCCGAAUCAUUUUCGGGGAAUGAAAGCAAGGAUAAUUCUGGUGGGAAUCCUUUCCCCGAAUCAUAUUCGGGGAAUGAAAGCAAGGAUAAUUCUGGUGGGAAUCCUUUCCCCGAAUCAUAUUCGGAGAAUGAGAGCAAGGAUCUGUAUGGUGGAAAUGAUCUUUAUAAUGAGAAAGAAAGCAAGGAUCUUUAUAAUAGUUCGUAUACUAUUCCUUAUGAUAGGGAUGGGAAUAAAGAUUCUUACAACAACAGAAAUUUAUAUUCCAAUCCUUAUAUUGAAAAUGAGAGCAAGGGUCCUUAUGAAUGAUAAAAAUUCCUAUUCUAAUCCUUACAAUGAAAAUAAGAAUAGGAUCAACUAUGAUGGUUCCAAUUCUCUCUAUAAAGAUGAAAGGAAAGAAUCUUAUAAUAAAAAUUCCUAUUCUGAUUUAUAUAGUAAAAAUGAUGAUAAAAAUUUUUAUGGUGGAAAUUAUAAAAAUGGUAGUGAGAAUGUAAAUAAAAACUAUUCUAAUUCUUAUGAUGAAGUUAGAAGUAAAGAUUCUCAUGAUGGAAACUCUUAUAACAAGAAUUUAAAUAAUAAUAAAAAUCCAUAUCCUGAUUCAUAUGGUGAGAAUAGGUCUUAUAGUGAAAAUUAUAAUAAGAAUUAUAAUGAUGAUUUUUAUAAUAAUGAAGACAAAACUUAUAAUGGAAAUUCAAAAUAUAAUAAGAAUAUAAACAAUUAUAAUAAUUUUUAUGAUGAAAAUAGAAGUCAUAAUUCCAGUGAAAAUUCAUAUAGUAGAAAUAAGAACAAUUAUACUUAUAAUGAAAAUAAAAGCAAAAAUCCUUAUAAUAGAAAUAAUUAUAAUGAAUAUAAUAAUAGAAAUUUCAAUACUACCAAUAAUAAUAGAACGUAUGAUGACACAUGGUAAAAAAAAUAUUUGUUUUAGUAAAUUUUUUAAAAAUUUAAAAAUAAUAUAAUUUUUUUUGAUAAAAAUAGUUUUUAUUAAAUAUUUUUUGUAUAUCUUGUAAUUAUAAAAUUAAAAACUGAUUUUUAUUUUCAAAAUAUUUUAAUAUUUAUAAUUAU